AUGUCAGUCACAAAGCCAUACUUCAUGACCAUGGUCAUCCUGCUGAUCCUGGCUGACAAGACUACAGGUGGCCUGUUUGGAUUCGGCAGUAGCAAGAGGCGAGCGUCCUGGAUUCCAUGUGAGCUUUAUGGGGGCAUAUGCAGAAAUUCCUGCCAGAAAUAUGAGAUCCAGCAUUUAACCUGCCCAAAGAACAGAAAGUGCUGCCUCAAAUUCCCUGAGGAAAUGACCAGUUUCUAA